AUGUUUCUGUUGCAGUGCUUAGUUGAAAUGGCUGGACGAAACGAUGUUGCGAUUGCUGCUGCUUUGGAGGCUAUGGCUCAAGCUCUGGUACAACAAUCGAAUGCUGGUGAGAAUGCUGGAUCUCGUAGUUUGGCUACUUUCCAGAGGGAGAACCCGCCGGUCUUCAAAGGCAAGCAUGACCCCGAUGGAGCAUUAGAGUGGUUGAAGGAUAUCGAGAGGAUCUUCCGCGUAAUGGAUUAUACUCAGGCACAAAAAGUUCGCUAUGGGACGCAUAUGCUAUCAGUCAAAGCUGACGACUGGUGGCUAACAACACGUCAAAGAUUAGAAGCUGCAGGUGAAAAGAUCACUUGGGCUAUGUUCCGAAGAGAAUUUCUGAGGAAGUAUUAUCCUGAAAGUGUCCGUGGUAAGAAAGAAAUUGAAUUCCUCAAACUGAAACAGGGGAAUAUGUCAGUGACUGACUAUGCUGCGAAGUUCACUGAAUUGGCCAAAUUUUAUCCAUACUUUGAUGGAGAGGGUGCAAAAUUUUCUAAGUGCAUCAACUUUGGAAACGAGUUGCGCUCUGAAAUCAAGAAGGCUAUAGGGUAUCAACAAAUCUGCAUUUUUCCUAACUUGGUUAACAGCUGUAGAAUUUUCGAGGAAGAUAACGCUGCUCACUAUAAGAUUGUCAGUGACACAAGAGGCAAGCAAAAUCAGCAACGUGGAAAGCCUUACGACGCUCCAGCUGGCAAGGGCAAACAUAGGGCUGCUCUGGGCCAGAGAACAAGUUGGGGAGGUGUUCCUACUCCGAUUGUGUGUUUUAAGUGUGGAAAGGCUGGUCACAAGAGUACUUAA